AUGGAAUAUGAUACCUUCUUUGAAGCCAACAAUACCAUCGAUAAUGUGAAGGUGGUCUGCUCGGUGGAAAACUCAAGUGCUGAAAUCUUCUCAAUAUUCAACAAUGCUACAUGGCCCUCCAAGAAACUCAACAAUUCCAUGGGGAAGGCUUUGAUUCACCCUUCAUCUGCUUCUAGGAAAUUCGUUCUAUUCGGUGGGAAUAUGGAGGAGGAUGGGAAUAUGGCAGAGGAUGAGAUCAUGGCGAAGGAAUUCCCGGGAGGAUAUUUUGGGGAUGUCUCUUUCGAGAGAAUCACUAUUACCGGUUACCAAGUGGCAACCAUACAUCCCUCAGCCCUACUUUCAUCCCUAGACACACUGGAGGAGCUGGAAAUCACGGAUAGCCAUUUGAAGGAGUUUCCUUGGGAUACCCUGCCCCUAUUAACCAAACUCACGUCCCUCAACUUAUAUGGAAAUGAAUUGAAAGAGAUAUCCAGCAUCCGAAGCGACAGUCUUCAGUCGCAUUAA